AUGGCGAAGAAGGCACCAGCUCGUGACCAGAUUGUCAAAUUGAUUGUGGGCGCUGGUCAAGCCAGUCCAAGUCCUCCCGUAGGCCCCGCGCUAGGUAGCAAAGGUGUCAAGAGCAUCGACUUCUGCAAGGAAUUCAAUGCCCGAACCGCACAUAUUACCCCUGGUGUACCAAUUCCGGCUCGAGUGACAGUCCGGCCUGAUCGCUCCUUCAGCUUCGACAUUCGCACGCCCAACACAUCUUGGUUACUCCUCCAAGCUGCUGGAGUGAAAGAGGUGAAGGGGAAAAUCAAAGGGGCGCAACGGCCAGGCCACGAAAGUAUCGGAACAGUGUCACUCAAACACAUAUACGAGAUUGCAAAAAUCAAACAGAGUGAGACACGGCUAUCUGGAUUAAGUCUCGAAGGUCUCUGCAAAUGCAUCAUGUGGCAAUGCAAGUCGAUUGGCGUUAAAGUUGUGCCGUAA